GGGGUUGGAGAUUCGUGCCUCGAGGCUGAGAUCCCGAAGUCCCAAACUAGCGAGUCACGCAGCUCUGUUCCGUCAGCCGUGUGACACCACGCUACCUUGUCCUCCCUGGUCUACGCCGGAAGUGUAGGAAGAAAGUGGGCAGAUUUGAAUCUACCUGUUUCCAAGCUGGUUGAUCAUCAUGAAAUUUAGACAAAAAACUAAAAAGUCAGGUAAAGGUUCCAAAGGCUGUAAGAAGCCCGCAAAGCAAAAUGGGAAGAAAACAACCUCCAGAGUGUCCUCCACUUCCCGUUUUGUUCACUGCAAUGAUCACGCCAGCCGAGAGGUGGCAUUAAAGAAGAAGAGGGUUGAGGAGAUGAGGGAGAAGCAGCAAGCUGCCCGGGAGCAAGAGAAACACAAGCACAGAACCAUUGAGAAUUACUGUCAGGAUGUCCUGAGACGUCAGGAGGAGUUUGAACGCAAGGAGGAAGUUUUGCAGGAAUUAAAUACGUUUCCUCAGUUGGAUGAUGAGGCCUCAAGAAGGGCUUUUUACAGGGAGUUCCGCAAGGUGGUGGAAUACUCUGAUGUGAUUCUGGAAGUCCUGGAUGCCAGAGACCCAUUGGGCUGUCGCUGUUUCCAAAUGGAAGAGGCUUCUCCUUAUCAGCCCUAUUUGUUCCUAUUUUUCCCAGACCUGGUUCCCAAAGAGGUUGUGGCGAAAUGGCUAGAUUACCUUCGCAAUGAGCUGCCAACAGUGGCUUUCAAAGCCAGCACCCAGCAUCAGGUCAAGAACUUGAAUCGGUGCAGUGUGCCAGUGGAGCAAGCCUCUGAGUCACUGCUGAAAAGCAAAGCCUGCUUUGGAGCUGAAAACCUCAUGAGGGUUCUGGGGAACUAUUGCCGCUUGGGUGAAGUGCGUACCCACAUUCGUGUGGGUGUUGUGGGACUUCCCAAUGUUGGGAAGAGUAGCCUGAUCAAUAGCCUGAAGCGCAGCCGUGCAUGCAGUGUGGGAGCUGUUCCUGGGGUAACUAAAUGCAUGCAGGAGGUCUACCUGGACAAGUUUAUCAGGCUGCUGGAUGCCCCGGGCAUUGUCCCAGGACCCAACUCAGAGGUGGGUGCCAUCCUGCGCAAUUGCAUCGAUGUGCAGAAGCUGGCAGACCCUGUGACUCCAGUGGAGACUAUCUUGAAGCACUGCAGUCUGGAGGAGAUUUCCAACUAUUAUGGUGUAUCUGGGUUCCAGACUACUGAGCACUUUCUCACUGCAGUGGCCCACCGCUUAGGAAAGAAGAAAAAGGGAGGCUUAUAUAGUCAAGAGCAGGCUGCCAAAGCUGUCCUGGGUGACUGGGUGAGUGGGAAGAUCAGCUUCUAUAUACUACCACCACCCACGCACACUCUGCCUACUCAUCUCAGUGCUGAGAUUGUUAAGGAGAUGACUGAGAUCUUUGACAUUGAGGAUAUUGAGCAGGCCAAUGAAGACACCAUGGAAUGCUUGGCCACAGGAGAAUCUGACGAGCUUUUGGGUGACAUAGACCCACUUGAAAUGGAGAUCAAGAGGCUGCAUUCUCCAGUGAUGAAAAUACCAGAUGCCAUUGAAAAUAUAACUACCAUAUAUCAGAGUGGAGAUCUUGCUGGGUGUCACGCCAAUCCAAACUAUUAUCAAGUGGGAUGGGCUAAACGCAAUAACAAUAACGUGGUAGAGGUCAGUUCAGUGGACCGUCGCCCAGUUCUGCAGAGAAUUAUAGAGACAGACCCCCUGCAACAGGGCCAGGUUCUGGCAUCUGCCCUGAAGAAUAAGAAGAAGAUGCAGAAGCGUACAGACAAAAUUGCCAGCAAGCUUUCUGAUUCCAUGAUGUCUAUCCUGGACCUUUCUGGCAAUGCUGAUAACAGUGCUGGUGACUAAUCCAAUGAUCUCAUUCCCUUCCCCAAGCCGUGGUUCCUGUGGGAUGGAAGAAAAGAGUUUGGGUCUCUGAAGUACCUGUAUAAUAAAAGAACCUCUUGCAUACCAUGUGUCCUCUCCCUUCACUGUUUCCUCUAUUCUCUCCAAUUUAAAAAAAUCUGGAGCCACUAAGUCUAGUAACUUUUAUUUAAUCCCUACUGUGUUUUAUGAGAGACAUAAAAUACUAGUGGAGCCCAGGUGCUAAAUAGUUUUAUCUCUCACCCUCUAUUGUGUAUUGGGUUGACUUGAAGGCUGGAUUACAACAAACCCUCUUGGACAACUGAAUGUACAGCUAGAUAAUGGACUGCUGAUAGACCUGAUGGUUUCUGGGAAGAUAUUUUCUUUAUUACUGUGUAAGAGAUUUCAGCACCAAGGCAUUUCAGUAGUGGAUUCCUGGCCAUGCAUCGUUCAAGUCCAUAGGUCUUCACCUGGGUGGCAGAGGGAACAAUGAUGUGAUUUCUGUUUUGGGAAGGGUCUGGGGCUAGGAUACUGGGAAAAAAGGACAAGCCUAUCUGGUGCUCAAGUGUUGUAGAUGCUAUCUUGUUUGCAUAAAGAGAAAAAGCAUUUAUUGUUAGGCUAGGGACCUUAGUUACAAGUACUGUUGGCAUUUUUGUGAAUUUGGGGGCCCCUCUAAAAUACUCUAGCUGAAACUUGUUUGUAUGAUUGUCUUGAGUGUUUUCAAGAGAACUGUAUUUGGAGAUGUACCAGUCAACCUUUUCCAGUGUGUGGUGGAUCGACAAAUGGUCAAAGAGUAACACUCAGAUGAACUAAAUUCAGCAUGGUGCUGGGUGUGGAAGGCCCACCUGAGGAUUGUUAC